AUGCUGUUAAAGCUUAGAGUAUAUUGUCUUCCUUUUGCUUAUGAAGCCUCCACCCACCGGCCCACCCUACAUUUAGCGGAUCAUGUGACUCGGGGCAGGCUAAGAAACAGGAUGUUAAUGCUUGACGGAAUGCCUGCAGUCCGAGUCAAAGCUGAGCCCCUGGAAUCGGAACAAGGGUCACCCAAAGUGCGCCCUUACUCUGCGAUGGACGGCGUCCCCUUUUUCCUCAGCAGAGUUAAACCGGAACCCCCCGAAGAACUGCUUGCUCACGACCUGCACUUCCACACACAGACCGAGCCGGUCGACCUGUCCAUUAACAAACCCCGCCCCUCCUCUUCAUUUUCCACCACGACUUCAUCAUCAUCAUCAUCAUCCCCUCUCAGAUCUGCCUUCUCCCCGUCUUCUUUAUCGUCGUCAUCCUCCUCCUCCUCUCCAUCGGUUAUCACCUCAGCCUCAUCGGUGCUCACAUCAGGCCCUCUGGUUGCCCCAGGAACCGGGGUGAGAGGUCAGCCAUAUUUGCACAUCCUGCACUCUGUGCCUCCGCCUCCAUCCAGCCCUCUGAGCCUGCAGGGAGCCGGGAAGCUGGCCAGCCAUGUUCACCGCAUCCCAGUUGUGGUACAGUCACUGCCCCUCAUGUACACCACUGCCGUUCGAUCACCCUCCAGCCUCAACAAUGCCAUCAUGCUACCUCUGCUGGAUGAGGCCAAAAGCCAGGGCAAAGCACACACAGACCCCAACGGCCUGUCGCCAAGGCAGAUCAAAAGUGACAGCGAUGACGAUGACCUGCCAAACGUGACCUUGGACAGUGUUAAUGAGACUGGCUCUACUGCGCUGUCUAUAGCCCGGGCCGUACAAGAUUCCAUGUCCCCGUUCAGCAUCGACAGCAUACGGCGUCCGCGGAGGUCAGAGUCGCCGGAUUCCAAAAAGAGAAGAAUCCACAGAUGUGACUUUGAGGGGUGCAAUAAGGUGUACACCAAAAGCUCACAUUUAAAAGCACACCGGAGGACGCAUACAGGGGAAAAGCCAUACAAAUGCACCUGGGACGGUUGCACCUGGAAGUUCGCCCGCUCUGAUGAGCUGACGAGGCAUUACAGAAAACACACGGGGGUGAAGCCCUUCAAGUGUGCAGACUGUGACCGCAGCUUCUCCAGAUCUGACCACUUGGCCCUGCACCGACGGAGGCACAUGCUGGUGUGAAUCAGACGGAGGGCGAUAAAGAGGAGAGGUCAAUGAAAAGACACACACUCACACGCAUAUACACAGGCAGCCAGGGGAGCGGGAUCUCCCUGUGAAUGUUUUCAGCCGGCCUGGACGUGCACACACACACACGCACGCACGCACACACGCACGCACACACACACACACUCACACAAACACACACGCACACAUGCGCUCAUCCUUCAUAAGGUCAGAAGGUGGAGAACAGAGAAGACUGAUGGACGAAGGUGCACAGAGCUUGAGGAGCACAAAACAGGGUCACUUCUGGAUCCUCUUUGAGUUGGAAUGAAGAGACGGCAGGAUCUUUUAUUGUCUUUGCUUGGAGUAUAAUAGGGAACUGUCUUUUACAGCACUGUUCGUAAAUGUUUCACUUUGAUUUUUAAGAUUAACUCUUUAUUUGGACUUUAAAAAAAUAUAAUGCAAUGGCAACUGUGUCUCUCUCUUUUUUUUUUUUUUUGAUGUCUUUCUUUUCAUUCAUUAUUGUUGAAAUGGCUGCUUUUCCAGCAUUCAUAAUGUGAAAGACCCCAUUGUAAGGAAUGGAUUUCCUGUGUGGUCAGGAAGAAGUUUGGCCUCGACUGGAUCACAGGAAUGGACUGGGAUGUUGCUGAAGUUACAGGCAGUGUUUUUUUUCUCCUCGCCUCCCUGUGUGAGUCUGAUUUGGGACCAGUAGGGGGCACCAUUUAAUCACAAGUGGUUUCCUUUCCCUGCUGGAUUCUUGCUCUUAGACCCGAGGUGUCCCUUAUAGAAGCUAAGAGAAGGUUGGACUUGCACCUUUCUCAUUGCCUGCAAACUGUAAUCAAGACGAACUCAAAUACCCGCAACCCGAAAUGAUCAACCUCAUCAGCACCUCCACGGUUUCAGUUAUUCAUUGCCUAUUUUCAAAAACGGAAAUAGGAUUCUCAUACCAUCGCACCAGCAAAGAAAGACAAAACAAAAUAAAAAAUAACCCUGAUCCACUCACAUGGCCGGACAACUCCAAAUCUCAUCAGUGCUGUUCAUUCUGAAAGCAUUUAUUAGAAAAAGAAAAAAAAAAAAAAAUCUGGUGGAUUUUGAGCUGUGAUUAGCAAUCAGUAAAGUGCAAUCUUAAAGGAUAAAUGUACUUCAGUAUAAAAAUGUUUUGUUUAUUGAAUUUUACUUUUUUCUUUCUUUAGUUUUUUUUUUUUUUAUGCCUGCUUAUUGCUUAUGUUUGACUCAGAAAAAUACAACCCCUCAUGUACAGUGAACUGAACAAUCAGAGGAGAUUUCCAGUAUGUGAAAAAAUAGAGGCACCUUACAGACGUUUAUUGUAUCCUUUUUUAAAAAAAAAAAAAUCAUUCACCUGUUUUUUUUUUUUUUUGUUUGUUUGUUUUUUCCAGCUGGGUUUAACAGAAAAAAAAAAAAAUGGAAUUUGUGUUGUGGUUUUGCACAGCACAGCAGCACUUGACCAUAAGAUGACACUGACACCAGCCGAAGUGUUACAGGGAUAGUGUGGUACCUGGUGUACAAAAAAGAGCAAUACGUUCUGAACAAAGUGAUGGGAAGGAACAUUAACCUCCUCUUUGUUCUGUUUGCUGAUGUCAAUACCCGAGGAGAGGUUCCCAGCUCGGCCAGCUCCUCUCCAUCUGUACCACGACCCCCUCUAUUACUGACUGGUUUAUGGCUCCAUUUCAAAGUUCUGAUCUGAUGUCUCUCCGCUGGUGGUUUUCUCCAUAUGCAUCACUUUUAUUCUUUUCUUUAUCUCAAAUACAAACAAGUCACUUGAAGUCACCUCAGAGCAGAUAUAAGUUAAGAUUUGUAUCUGAUUUACCUGAGAUUUGGUCACAUAAAAAGCUGAAAAAUGCAGGAAUUGCACACAUGCAUAUAUACACGAAUACAUGCACACAUUUUUUUUUUUUGGAGUGCGUGUGUGUGUGUGUGUGUGUAUUCACAGCAGGAGUACCUUUUUUUUAGAAGCAGUUUCCGGCAGAGAUAUAUUUAUUGGAAAACAUCACUUAACCUUAAUCAGAAAAUUCAAUUAAAAUAUAUUUUUAUACACCUAAUAACAGACAUUUUUGCAAGUAUUUCCAGCGCUCUUUAUGCUACGUAAAAGCUUCCAACAUAAAAUAUCAGGCCGACCAAUGUUAUUUGAUAGUGCUGCCAAAUGCACCUGCUGGACCCAAGCCAGUAUAAAAGAAAUGCUAACCUUUUUGAUUGCGGUACCUUGAGAUCCAUACACUCGCACACUAAUGCACAAACUUGGAUUCAACAUUCUCACUUUCAGUAAAACAACCAAAUCCAGGAAACCAUUUUCCGCACAUGCACUCAGAAGUGUGCGACACCCUUUCGACUUGUUGGAGAACGUAUGUUAUCGUUAUUUAUCUGUAUUGUUUGAGCACAACAUUAUGCCCAGUUGUAUUACCAUUUUGGCAAAAACCAUAUCAGCACCUUGUUUGUUUGUUAGUAUGAUAUUCAAAUGAUCUUAUUUCAGAUGUCAAUUUAUAAACGAGUAAUCACCUUCAUAUUUUAUCAUCCUUAUAAUGUAUUAGAACAUUUUAUGAUUGAGGGGCACGUCUUCAUUGCAUAUAAAUCUUUCUCUUCUGUACAAAGGACAUUUUGAAAUGUUGUAAUAUAUGUGAUAGUGAAGAUAAAAACUUAUUACAAAGUUCUACAGCCUGUAUAUACAUUGGAAAAAUAGGGCUUUUGAUUAGUAGAUGCAGGAAAUACAUUUAUACAUGUAAAGUCUUUUUCAGAGACUGUAAUUUAUCUAAUUUGAUAUACAGUGAAAUGGGCUAAUGGUAUUCAUCAUGUAAAUGAUCAUAUGUGAUGUUAUAUAACAUUUUGCUUUUUUUUUUGUUUUUUUUUUUUUUGCUUUUUUGGUUUGUGGUUAAACGCAUUCAUGAUCAAAUCUUCUUUUUUUUUUUCUUUUUUUUUUUAAAUUCCCAAGGCUGAACCAGUGUUUGCUAUAAUCAACAAAUUAUUUAUACGCAGUACAUAGACUAUAUUAAGGUACACAAUUCCCCGUGUUGCUAUUUUGCCACAACUGACAAGAAAUUAUAGCGAUCGAGCACAUAUCAGCAGCACAUGUACUCCUGUAUUUCAGUAUAUGAUGUUGCAUGCCUUAAUACACCAAUUUUUGAAAAUUUCAAUUUGACUUGAAGAUGUGGUGUCUCCAUAGGACAGGGUGUAUUGUAUUUCCCUUCAGCAUCUCUUUCCUCAUAUUUUAAAGCAUAAUUUUGUUACGGUAACCAGGGUCAAAGUUAUGCAAUAAUAAUAAUAAUAAUGAAUAGUGCCUCAUAUCACAAACUUGUAAUAUCAGCUUCGAUUUCAGCACGCGUGCUUGGAUUCAUAAAUUUCAAAUGAGAAAACCACAAAUUCUGGGAGAAAGGACAAAAAAAAAAAAAAGCACACACAACAUUAUGCAAGUCGGACCUCUAAUGUUGAACUUUCUUUUCGCACUGAGCCUUACACCAUUGUGUACAAUGCAGCAUCCUCCCAUAACACUUUCACAGGCUGUUUAUAGCACACAUUAUUACUUUGCUUGCAAUAAGUCACUUCCUCUAAGGGGAACAAAACUGAGUUACAAAGGUCUCUUGGUGUUUCAGCUUCAACACAUCAAUUCAACACAGUGAUUCCGUGGAAGAUGAUGAGGAAUCACAUUCACAGGAAACAAAACACAACAAAACCCCCCCCGGAAUCCUGUGCCUGAGAUUCCUGCAGUCACACUUUUCCUAAUGAAUACUUAUCUUGCAGUUUCUGUCAGUUCAAUAUAUAUUUUACUUUCUGUAUAACAUCUGCUUUUGAUUUUCCUGGUUUUGAAAAUUUUUAGGUAGUGAAGCCAAUGCCUUUGUUUCAAGUUUGCUGAUAUUACGUACAGUAAUCGUUGUUCCUGUAUUUAUGUAAAGUGAGUGUAGUGUAAAUAUAUUCAGAUUCUUUUCAUUCUUACCGUAAAGGAAAAAAAAAAAAAUGUGAUAUUGCUCAGCAUCGCUUCAAAAGGGAGAUUCUGCUCAUGGAAUUCCACAUCUGUAACAGAAAUUUUUAAUCCUGAUAUUUUUCAAAACUUCAAGAACAGGUGUCCUUUUUUUCUGUUACACUUUUUUUUUCCCCCCUCUUUUCUCCAAGAGUUGUUUAAGUAUCCAGUCAGUGUUUUUUGCCUUUUUCUCUGUAUUUUUCAUAUGGAUGGAGCUGUGAAAUUAAAAUAAGUUCAAACAUA